AUGUCUAAAAUACAGGCACAACUUGCAAGCAUGAAAGGACAUCUAACACGUGAAAACGUUAACUAUUGUCUCAACCAUUUAUCGAGUUUNAUUGUAUCUGUUGAUUGUAGGAAUACUGGCGAAACUUUGCGCACACUCAGGUUUGGACAGCGAGUAAGAACCAUUAGAAAUGAACCUGUUAUCAAUGAGAUAAAGGAGGAUGAUGUUAAUGAUUUAAGUGAUCAAAUCCGGCAACUGAAGGAAGAACUUAUUAGAGCAAAGGCUGAGGUUCGUUGCUCCGAUGGGAUUAAAAAUGGAUACUUCCAAGGACGUAAUGUACGGGACAGUCUCAAUCAGCUGCGUGUCAGCUUAAACCGCUCUAUACUCCUACCCUGUAUUGACAAAGACACUGAUGAAGAGGUGAAUGUGGACGAGGAAGACAUAAGGCAGUUACGCCAGCAGAUUGAUGAAUUGUAUCAUUCAUGUGAAGGGAAUCCUAAAAACAUAUCUGUCAGUGAAGAUAGUGUCCAAUUUUAUUCUGUUGCAGAAAUUUGUGAUGCAGAUAUGACCAGUGGUGAUGAAAUUGAAAUAGAGGAGGAAGGAUGUUUUGAAGACACACUGUGUAAGCCUUGUCCCGAGGAAAGUGAGGGAUCAACUACCAUCUUGUAUACUUCAGCUGAUGACUUUGCAAGUACAGCUAAUGCCUGGUCAAUUAAAUCUACUUUCAGAGAUAGCAUUUCAGUUAGCUCAUGUGGCCGAUCUCCAAUACUUGAGGAACCAACGUUGUCCGAGUCUCCAAAAAUAAAAAAUGUCCAGAGGAAAAGUAUGGCUUAUACAUCAAGUUGUCUGGGAAGUUGGAACAAUGUGGCAGAGGAGAAUUUGAGUUCAAGUAAAGAGGGUGAGAAGAUGCGAUUGUCGCUACGAUCAAGCAAGGUUUUUGCAGGUCCUACAGAAUCCUUGGCCGCAAGCCUUCAAAGGGGAUUGCAGAUAAUUGAUUAUCAUCAGCGAAACUCAACAUUGAACAAAUCUUCAGCUUCCUUCUCUUUUGAUCACUUAACCUUGAGACCUUGUUCAGAAAUAGACAAGGACGAUUCUGGUGAUCAAAUAACGCAACAGAAGAAAUAUUCUGUCGACGAAAGUACUGCCACCUUGCUUUGUGAACCUUGCCGUAAGAGAAUAUGCAAUCAGGAUACUACUGAGGUUCAAGGAAACGUAAAAUCAAGGAUUGAAACUGAAGCAGAAAAUCCAGAUGGACUGACAGAUAAAGUUUCAGAAGAUUCCCAGAGUAUAAUGGAAAAAGCGAUCACAAGAGAAAAGGAGCUAGAGAAUGUUUGCAAGGAGCAAGCUGCUAGAAUUGAAGAACUAAAUCAAUUGGUGGAGAAAUUGAAAGGAGAAAAAGAACUAAAAUCUUCCAUCAUUGUGUAUGAUCCUGAGAGAAACAAACAGGCUAGACAUGAAGAUAGUAACUUGUUGAAUGAUGAAGACAGGCUUCCAAGAGGCACUUCAUUAGACAAAUAUUUACCAGAUGUUGUAGAGGAAAAAUGUGAAAUUAAGGAAGUAAAGGAAGUACAGGAAGUAGUAACUAAUGGAGACAGCUCUUUUGAUGCAGCUGAGAAGGAAGAACUUCUCAAGGAGAUUCAAAAUCUAAGAAGCAAGCUGCAAAUAUGUAGCGAUGCACCGGUUAGAAAGUCCACCGACAAACUAAGAUCGUCAUUAUCUUUAAUGUCAAGAUCCAUUCAACAGCGAAAAAGUGCUGUAUUUUCUCAAGAUAAUAACGGAGAUGAGCUAGAGAAAGAGAGACAGAGAUGGACAGAAAUGGAAAGUGAGUGGAUUUGUUUGACUGAUGAACUAAGAGUUGAUCUCGAGUCCAACCGUCAGCGGGCGGAGAGAGUGGAGAUGGAACUGAGUUUAGAGAAAAAGUGCACUGAAGAGUUAGACGAUGCACUAAAAAGAGCAGUUCUUGGACAUGCCAGAAUGGUGGAACACUAUGCCGACCUGCAAGAAAAAUAUAACGAUUUAGUUGCAAAGCACAAUGCCAUAAUGGAAGGCAUAGCAGAGGUGAAGAGAGCAGCGGCCAAGGCUGGAAAGAAGGGUCGUGCUCGCUUUGCCAAAUCUCUUGCUGCUGAGCUUUCUGCAUUGAGGGUGGAGAGAGAAAGGGAAGCAAAAUUCUUAAAAAAGGAGAACAUGAAUCUCAAGAUUCAACUUAAAGAAACUGCAGAAGCUGUUCAUGCUGCUGGUGAACUACUUGUCAGACUAAGAGAAGCUGAGCAUGCAGCUUCUAUUGCAGAGGAGAAUUCAACAAAGGUGCAACAAGAUAAUGAAAAGCUAAAAAAGCAAAUGGACAAGCUGAAAAGAAAACAUAAGAUGGAGAUGAUUACCAUGAAGCAGUACCUUGCAGAGAGCAAAUUACCAGAGUCCGCACUGCAGCCACUAUUUAGAGAGGAUUCUGAUGUGGUUCAAGACAAUGCAACUUCCCGUGAGGAUCAGGCAUGGAGAGUAGAGUUUGGAGCAAUCUAUCAACAGCACUAUUAAUUCCACAUUUCUUGGAUUAACAAUUGAUGAUGACUUGCUUUGUCUGGCAUCAGAUCCUUCUUGGAUCAAUAAGUCUAUUCUUAUAUUUCUUGUACUGUUUUAAAAUUCAUUAUUUUUUCUGUCUGCUUGUACUGACAGUAGGUGAGUAGCAACAUUUGAAUGGUUUAAUUGAUAUGUUUGAAUUA